AUGCUCCCAGAUGGAGGAUUUGACUUGAUAUAUCUGGACGCUGAAAAGAAGAAGUAUGCCGAAUAUAUCGCGUGUAUUUUAGACCCCGACAGACCCCUGCUUGCGCCUAAGGGGGCUCUUUUAAUAGAUAAUACUCUGUGGGGGAGGGGACAUGAUGGAAAGAGGCCCUCGUGGGAAGACGAAGCCGCAGAGGAUGCACCUCGUACCAGAAGAUACUCCAGCAUUGCGGAGUCCAUGAAAGCCCUACGCGAGGCUUUACGCAAGGAUCCGCGAAUAUCUCACGGAUGGAAUGCAGAUAGCUCCCCUCUGUGCGUGCAGGUGCUGCUGCCUGUGGGCGAUGGUCUCUCCAUCGUGACUUGGGCAACCCCAGCAUCCAACGUUUUGCCUUAA